AGACAACGCCGUUUGAGUCGCGUCUGAUAAUAAAAAUACACAGUGAGCUCUCGCUUCUAGCCCUAGGGCGCUGCUCCCGAUUUUCUCUCUUCGGAUUGAUUUUUACUCAGCUUUUGUGAUUUUAGAGUGAAUUGUGAAAUGGGUUGGAAAGCUGCUGAGAAACUCAUUAGGCACUGGAAAGUUGUCAGAGGGGAUAAUGUUAUGAUAAUAAGGGGCAAAGAUAAGGGCGAGACUGGGACUAUUAAGCGUGUCAUUCGCUCUCAGAAUCGUGUCAUUGUUGAGGGUAAAAAUCUGGUGAAAAAGCACAUCAAGCAAGGGCAAGGUCAUGAAGGGGGCAUCUUUACAGUUGAAGCUCCAAUCCAUGCCUCCAAUGUGCAAGUUCUUGACCCAGUGACAGGGAAGCCUUGCAAGAUUGGACACAAAUAUCUUGAAGAUGGUACUAAAGUCAGAGUAUCAAGAGGAAUAGGAUCAUCUGGGUCCAUAAUCCCUCGGCCUGAGAUCUUAAUGAUAAGAACUACCCCACGACCUACUGUCCUUGGUCCCAAAGAUACUCCAAUGGAUCUUGUCUUGGAGAAGACUUACGAUGCUAAAACAGGAAGGGGCAUGCCUGAGCUUUAAGGAGAUUAGGUACCUUAUUCAAGUUAGGUAGUUGCUAUCAUGAUGAACAAGAUAUGGAGUGAGUUUGUCACAGGCUUUCUUUAUCGUGAUUCUGUUAAAUUGCUUUCAAAUUUCUGUGUUUAAUGUGAUCAUGAGUUUCCAAUAGCUAAAAAACUAAUAAUUUGUUUUUAUCUUUUCCUGUUCAAUUGAUGUGAUCUCCUUUUAAGGACGGUUACUUCACCUUCACUCCAUAAUUGUUGAAGUGAGUGGAAAUUGGAAAAAAAAAACUUGUUUGAUUGUUA